CUCUCUUUCUCUUUCUAUUUGCUCUUUAUUACAACUUGACAUAUUCUUGUCUAUAUCUGUCAUUCUGUCAUCAUGACAGAACUAUUUCCAGUCAAUGCUGGAACUGUGCCUCCGCCACCACCCAACACGACUCCUCCUUUCCAACCUCUUCCUACGCAGUCGACAACUGCUUUGUCCAAUGCCGCGAUCGCCGCUGGUCUUGGAAUGAGGCGGAGAAAGCGUAAAGACCCAUCACGCCCUCCACAAAAACUGAAACUCGAACGUAUCUUGGGCCUGACAACUGCCUCGUCGAAUAUAUUAGCCACGGCCGAAUCGCAAGAUCUCGUUGCUUAUGCAGCGGGUGCCGUGGUGGUGUUAUAUAAUCACAAGCGCAACAAACAAGUCGGAUUUCUUUAUCCGCCUACGAAUACGACAAAUAUUUCCUCCAACAAUAAUGGCAGCACAAAUGCUGCCUUGGCAGCAGCAGCGGCGGGGACAAAUGGUGCGGCAGCAGUAGCCGCUAAUAGCAUGAUGCUCGCUGGAAGUUCGUUUAUUUCGCCCCUGGGGUCGUCGCCUGCGGAAAUCUCGGGUGUUCCGAAGAUACAAUCAGAGAAAAAGAAAAAAACACCGGCAAGUACACGUGCCAAACCUAUCAGCUGCCUGGCCUUUUCGCCUGACGGGAACUAUCUUGCCGCUGGCGAGAUGGGCCAUCAACCUCGCAUUUUGAUCUGGGACGUCAAGGGGCGUAUGCUACUGCAUGAAUGCCGCGGGCACAAGUUUGGUGUCCUGUCAUUGGCAUUCUCUCCGAAUAUGCGCUAUUUAGUAUCCAUCGGAUUUCAGCACGAUGGGUACUUGUACGUUUGGAACUGGAAAAAGGGGAUUAAACUGGCAGGAAACAAAGUUACUAGUAAAGUCAAUGCGCUAUCGUUUUCCAAAGAUGGUACGUACUUUGUUACUGCGGGUUUACGACAUGUCAAGUUCUGGUACUUUGAUGCUCGAGGACGUGUUCCGAAAAGGGGCAACUUAUCAUCACGGGAAACCCAAGUACUAGAUGGAAGAUCGGGUAUUCUGGGUGCACUACGUGAGAGCAACUUUGUUGCUGUCGGUUGUGAUCGUGGAAAGACUGAGAACGUCUACUUUUUGACGGAUAGUGGCAUCCUAUGCAUGUUUAAAGAAGGGCGAGUAAUUGAUAAAUGGGUCGACUUGCAGGUGCAAAAUGCCUAUUCGAUUGCUGUUUCGUCUAAUUACGUUAUCUGUGCCUGUGCAGGCGGUAUCAUCAGAGAGACUAGACUUUUCGAGCCUGGAACUUUAAACUAUUGCGGAAUCCUUCCGAAACCACAUCCCCUGGGAACUGAUAUCGGUGCCAUUACGUCUCCUGAAAUGCUCAAACAUCAUACCGACGAAAACACCUACUAUCCCGAAGUCAUUGCUGUCGAUUACGAUGAUGCCUCUAGUAAGAUAACCGCCGUUUAUGCCGAUCGUAGCUUGUAUCUAUGGGAUAUCCGAGACUUGAAAAAGAUUGGCAAAUACCGCAGCUUUGUAUUUCACAGUGAUUGUGUCUGGGGCGUCGAGCCAUGUCCAGCAUUGAUCGAACCUGUCAACGCUAUACCGCCCAAUUCCUUUGCAACCCAUUCUGCCGAUGGCACGGUACGCUUCUGGAAUUUAGAUAACAGUAUCUAUCCCAGUUCAACAUCUUCUACUUUCAUUCUCUCGCCUCGAUCUACCAAUAACGCCAGCUCCACGUCGCCCUUGUCGCCUAUCAAAUCGCCUACUACUAGCAAUAUACCCUUAUCACCUAGCAGCAGUAGCAGCGUGUCACUACAUCGCCGAAACAUUUAUUCUCGAGAACUGGUCAGAAUGAUCUACGUGGACACAGAUGCGGCCGAGUUUUCGAAAUUACGAAGAGAUGUUGAUUUUACCGACGACCAAUACCCAGAUUUCGGUAUCAGAUCGUUAAAAAUGAGCAACGAUGGCAAAUUGCUAGCCACAGGUGAUCGCAACGGCAAUCUCCGUGUCCAUAGUAUGGAAACAUGGGAUCAGAUUACCUAUCAAGAAGCCCAUGACUCUGAAAUUCUGGCUAUGGAUCUGACCAAUCCUUCCCAAAAUGAUGUCCCGUACAUGAUUGCUACCGCAUCGCGCGAUCGAUUGCUGCAUGUUUUCGACAUCAACGGUGGGUUCCAACUGGUUCAAACACUCGACGACCAUUCAUCCUCCAUCACUGCUGUCAAGUUUUCCAAGAGCGCCAAGAGGCUUAUUAGCUGCGGUGCUGACAAGGGCGUCAUUUUCCGCAACAUUGAGCCGCAUGAAAACUUUUAUUCGACCUAUCACAAUUAUUCUGGUCGCGGCACUGUGUUUGACAUGUCACUCGACUUGAGCGACCGCUACAUUGCUACUGUGACAGGCGAGCGCCGAUUGUUUGUAUUCAAUGUCGAUUCUGGAAAGCCAGUCCGCGUAUGCAAACCGGAAACCAACGAAGAAACAGUCAGCGGCACGUCAGCAGAAAACUCGGGUGGCAGUUUGCUCAACAUUGAUUUGGAUCCAUUCUCGGGCACGUAUGCAGUUACCAGCGGCUCCGAUCGUUCCUUGCGCCUCUUUGAUUUGACCAACAGCACAUGCAUUGAAAAGGUCAGCGCUCAUGCCGAACUGAUUACGGCUGUCAAGUUUGUCCGAACAGGUCAUGAUACGAUUCGCGUAGUCAGCACAUGUUCGGACGGCACGAUAUUUGUAUGGAAGAUUUCGGAAGAUAUUAUAUGCAAAAUGAAGGCACGCUGCGCGGAAAAGGAUCCGCGUGCACAGGAACUGGUCAUGAACAUCCGGACGACAGAGGAAGUUGCUGAAGAUAAACGAUUGCAACAAAAGGGUUUGUCAGCAGCAGCUGCUGCUGCUGCUACCGCUGCAGCGGGCGCAAACAACCCAAAGACUCGCUUUCGACGCAUAUCAACAGCUACAGCAGCUAGACCAACGCCGAGUCUAUCACAAAUGGUACGACAAGGCGAGCGCCGGACGUUUUCGACCAUGUCGCCUGCGGAAUCAAAAUAUGACGAUUUGUAUAAAAAAAUCGCCAUGUCGCGACGUUCACGGCCGCAACAGAUCGAGCACCCAUCCUCACCUGAAAAUAACAGCGGUCCAACAUCACCAGUUUCGAAAACUGCUGGAGAGAAAAAGAUAGAGCGAAAACGGGAUUCGACGGGUAGCAGUGGCAGCGGUCGCAAAACACCAGAAGGAAAAUUGGAACGUCUGUAUAACGGGAUACCUACUUCUGGUAUUCGCGAACGAACAUCAAGCCAUGUAGGACCUAAUUUUGCUGCUGCAAAUCGCUAUGGUGCCCCAGGUAUGAGUGGAGGCGAUUCAUCACCACGUGCAGCAGCUGGCUUCAAUCCAUUGCGUCAAGUAGGUGGACGCAUGAAUCCAGUGCUUCGAAGGCAAAUGUCUCGUGAAGCCAUGAACAAGCAAGGAUCACCGACGAGCAACAAAGAUCGAACAACGCGGCCGAGGACAAACGAAGGGGUAGUUCGUCGUAAGCGAUCGGCGAAUUUGAAUGAGCAACGACGUUCGAGCAUAGAAGCUCCAUCACCUCCUCCAAACGACAAAAUUAUCAAUGCAAAUCAUCAGCACCAACAGCAACACAGCAAAGGCGAUGCUCCUGCUGGUUUAUCGACUGCCAGUACCACACCUGACGGAAUUAUACGUCAUGAUGUCGACGUAACAUUACCGAGACAGUUACCAGAGCGUCACCAUCACCAAGACGAAGAUGAUGAUGGCGAAGAAGCAGGCGAUGAACGUGAAGCAAACGAUGAUGAAGAAGAAGACGAUGAUGACGACGAAGAAGAGGAAGAAGUGAUUUUCAUCACGCCGCCACCAGAACAGGACGAGAUCGGUACUCCAUUUGAAGUUACUUCACAUGAUGAAGUUCAUGACGAUUCUGGUACGACUAGCUCUAAUGAACAUGUCGACGACGGCCGAAAACCAUCAGAUGACGAGAAGAUUCGUACACCAGAGAAACAUCAUAGCGGUGGAGAAGGUAAUACGACAGCAGACGAUGACGAAGAUGGAUCGAGUGAAGACAAUGCAGACGACGCUAUCCUCCAGGCCAUUACGUUAAGAGAAGCGCCACGCAUGACACCAUCGUUGAGUCGAACGACAUCCAUGUCGUCUCGCAAACAGCUCGAUGAAGAGCCGACCAGAAGCAUUAACGACAACAACGGCAACGGCAACAACGAUAUUGACACUGCAGAUGGACGAUCAGCGCAUUCACCGUUCUCGCCUUCCAGCAAAGAAUCAUCUGGCGGUAUUUCACCAAGCGGCCGUGAUACACCUGCUUUGCGUGAAUUACAAAAGAAGCUUGAAAAAGCCAAAAAACGACAAAGUUUCACCGCACGAUUUCUGUCAUCACUAGGUGACCGUAGAAGCACACAUUAUCAUCAUCCGCCUAUUCCUUCUUUCAACUGCGAGCCGCUUGGGGACGUGACCAAGAACUUUAAUGAAACGAUGCCAACCGCCGAGACCACCAUUCCCCUUGAGCCGCCACGCAUCGACACAAGCUCAGCUGCUCUCAAUAAUAACAAUAACAAAACCAUCGUUUCAUCUUUGCCCGCUGCUACAGUCGAUGAAGAAACCACUCAACAACACCAGCUAAAAGAUGUACCAGAACCCGAGACCGCCAAUAUAGACCACGACAAAGGCAAGGAUAGUGGGCAACAAUCCGCUAUUUUGCAACAGCUGCAGCAAGCAGACGAUGUAUCACAGCUUGUUGACGAUACGAUCACUACACAACCAUCACCAUCUUCAACAGAAGAAAUAGGAAAUGACAGUUCUGUUUCCAUGGAAAAAGUGGGUAGCACGGAUACAUGCGAUUCAAGCUCGUUUGAUCAUAUACUGUCCGAUCUCGACGGAGCCAUCAUUUUGUUAGACAGCGUCAUGGACGCGUAUGCAUCUGCCAAAAGCAUUGAUGGCAGUCAAACAUUCGUCACGACAGUCGAGGCGAAACUUGGCAGCGUCAUCGACAAGAUAUCGCAAGUACGAUCAUCGCCCUCUCUAACACACAGCAGUAGCAGUAACAACAGCGAUAAUGGUAUUAAUGAAUCAUCAUCAUCCGUGGACGAUGGUCUAGCUGAGCAGCAGCAGCAGCAACCACAAGAGCAACAGCAACAAGACCCUGCCACCCUAGCCCUUUUGGAUAAAUAUUCGAAUUUGCUUAUGCAAAUGGUCGAGAAAAAAUUACUUUCUUCUACCUCCUCCUCUUCUUCUCAUUAAUUUCAUAGUAGUAGCACCUUCACUUUUUCUUUUUCUUCAACUCAUAUACCACCACAUAACGCAACAACACUCUCACUUUGUAUUUAAUUGCAUUUUUCUCCAUGUUUUUUCCCGUUUUCUCCUUUUUUAUAUCCUGCACUGCUCAUUCUUUUAUUUAAUUUUCUGUUCAGUAUAUAUUAUACAUGGCAUUUUGUAACAAGCUUUUUUUUAUCCUUUUGCGAACCCAAAGAUUAGCAGCAUUCGUAUGCAUGGUGCUAAAAUUGUAGUGUUUACUUCGCGAGCUUUGAAUACACUGUCUUGGCUACAUUGCGGAAACG